GUCAGAUCCGCCAUCAUUCGAUGCAUAACUUGUAGAUUAGGUAUUUGAGAGCUGUAUAGACCGCCUUUCAUCCACACGCAGACUCAGACGGAAGAUUAGGAAACUCACCAAGGUUCAGAGGCACACCAUACGCCACUAUAUCUUUUUAUCCUCCUACUUGAAUCCUCCGUACCACAACGUUCAGGCCACUGUUCGUCCCGUCAACAGCCUGUUUUGAAUCCCUGCGAAUACACUAAACCUCUUCCAUCAAAAGUUUCCUCGUUCACUUGUCUGGCACUACUUUGAAUCUUAGCCACUUGUCCAAAAAUAACUCCUUUUUGACCGCAAACAUAACCCUCCUUUGACACCCAAGGCUAAACCGUAAUUCCGAGCCAUGUCCACCGCAAAGAAAACUUUGCCGCGCCUCAAGUCGGUCAAGAACUUGAAAAUAUCCACACCUAUCCUCAACGACGCUGCAGCCUACAGCACCUACACGCCUCUGGACCCAUCGGGGAGCUCUGCACCCUUCCAGAGCCCCACCAUCUUGCUUGCGCGCUAUGACUUUGCUGGCGAAAACGAUAAAGAGCUCUCGGUUCUGAAGGGCGAUGUGUUACAGUUACUCAGCGAUACACAAGACGGCUGGUACUUGGUUCGACCUGUAGACCGUGUUCACCGCCCGGGCCUCGUGCCUCUGUCAUACACCUCGGUCCUCUCACAAGGAGCACGGUUGUUUCCCGAGCUUUCAAGCGAGACAGAUAUACUGACGGAAACAGAGGAGCUGGCCACGAACCGCUCAUCAGGCAACUCCACUUCAGGAACGUCCACGUACUCGUCGCUCUACAGCCAGCAGCACAAGUCCGCGACCCCGGAUACGAUGAGCCAGGUGUCAGUGAACUCACCGACGACCUUAACGGCGUCGCUUCCGGGGGGGAACGAGAGCGUGCCUAGUCUUCCAAGAAUUCCGGGUCCUGCUAGUCGAAGUGCGAGUACGUUGAGCCCUGCGAGUCUCCAGAACCCUGCAAGUAUCCGGAGUCAGGGCCCGCCCCUGAAUCUCCAGACGAAUACCCACAGACCGGCCUCCCAUGCGAGCCCUGUCAGUGGUCCCUCCAUUACCGCCGUCUCCAUCUCCAACGCACUCACCACCAGCAACGGCCGCAAUUGGUACCGUGUCGACGUGACUCUCAGCAACAGCAACCGCCGUUAUCUCUGUCGCUACUACCAAGACUUCUACAACUUGCACAUCCGGCUCCUUGACAUCAGCGAGGCGUUACCCAUUCUCCCAGAGCCCAUCUCGAAGGCCGAGAUCAGCGCCAACUGGGAGGCCGGCUUGAAGCGCUGUCAGGACUUGCACUUCUACUUGAACAAGUUGCGCCUUCUCCACAACAUCAGCACCAGCAGCGUGUUAGCAGACUUUUUAUCGACGGGGUUCCAGCCGCUGGCCCCGGUUUCGCCGACGUCGGUUGAGCCGGGCAUUGAGUUGCGGUCGGACCGCUACACGUGUUUGGAUAACGACACGAUUAACCACAUGUUGAAGGACCACAUCGCAACACCGUGCGCCAGUCCCGCGCUGUCAGCAGCGGGCUCGCCACGCAUACAUUCCGCGCCAGGGUUCGCGCGCCCGCGACUCUCCGCUCCUGCAUCGCCGCUCCUGUCACCGCACUCAUCACCGCACUUACCAUUCACAUCCACCUUUAUGAGUCGCGAUGCGAGUGUGGAUACUCCGCCUAGUGUGGCGUCCUACCAGAGCCAGCAGAACUCAGCGCCAUCGCACAUCCAUCAUAACGUUGCGCCAACGUUGACCUCCAGCUACAGUAAUUACACGCAUCGAACGGCUGCGAGCCGUAGCUCCGCAAGCCGCAACUCCGGGACUCGUGUCUUGCACUCGCGCAGUGCGCACACCUCCACCGACCAGCACAACCCACAGCAACUUCCCGGCGACUCGCAUCUCUCCCUGGGAUUGCUCUCGGGCUCUGCCUUCAACCUCUCUGAUGAGGAGAUAUCCACGCCACCUUUAGCGUUCCGGAAGAAGCCUUCUGCCGACGGACGGAGCUCUCCAAGCACCUCGAUCGCCCCGCCAGCCCUGGGGUUCCACCACUCGCACAACCGGACCCCGUCCACCUCGCCCGUUGUAGAAAACAUUCCGCAGUUUCCCUCUUUCACCGCGCAUUCAUCCGCGCAGUCGCGCUCGACUCUGGGGCUGGGCUUCCAGAGCGGGUUGGUGAAGGUGAAGAUCUACUUCAACAAGGACAACGCGUUGCAGCUUAGUGAUUUGGAGUCAGCCAACCAUACUGUGUUGCGGAUUGCAAAAAGCUCCUCCAUUAAGGUUUUAAGGAACUAUCUUAAGUUAAAGUUGUUGAGCAACCAGAAGUACAGCCUCUAUUUUCUCGAUGACCCGCCACGCGCGGAGAUGCGCGCGUUGGUGAGCGACCGCGACUUUGCGCAGGCGCUCUCCGACCGUGAGAGCCUCAACGUUGUGGUAACAUUCUAGCCAGCAAUGUGAUUUUGAUGGCUAAGAACGUUCUUUCAAUUAUACCGUGAUAGGCAAAGUUAAUGGCCUGUUGGCGUCUUUGUACCAUGCUUUACAAGGAGGACAACUCCAGUACCUUGGUUGUCUUAGAUUAAUGUUCUCUUGUAUGUAAUUGUUUCUGUACGAUUAGCAUCGUGUUUAUAAAUCCUAUUGAUGUUUCUUCGUCAUUCAGCC